AUGGCCUACCUGAGCAGUGUUCAGAAGAAUACUUGUGAUGUCUUCUUUGGGGCCAGCGUGGCUCUACGUGUGCUGCCUGUGACUGCAGAUGAGCUGAGCAGGAGCCGAAAGUUUCACCGUGUAGGGCUUGUUGCCCUCACAGGGAUGAAUCCAAUGAAAGUCUUGUCUGUUUUCUCUUCCGUCUCAGAUACAGUAGGUCAGGAUGGUUUUACCUCUACAGUUCCUAUUUGGGGAAAAGACCUUUGCUCUCUGGCAAUCGCUCCAGCCUGUCAAGUCAGAGAACUGUCAGGUGAUUCCAGUAUGGUUUUGCAGGCUCAAGAGGAGAUUAUUGAAAUGAAAGAUGUAUUUUCAGUAAAACUGAAACGUCGUCGUUUUGUAGGGCAGAAAAAAGGUGGUACUUUGUUGGGCAUCACAAUUUUUAAAUGCUUGAAUAAAGAAGAGAAUAAACUAACAGACUGUGCUAUCCAUUUAAAUAACUUAAGUGAAGAUCAUUGUCAUUCUUGGUUUAGACAUCUAAAGGAAAUUUUGAAUGGCUUUCAGAAUAGACCAAAAUCCUUAAAGGUGUUUGUUAAUCCAAGCAGCCACAAAAAAGAAGCCACUCAUGUUUAUUAUGAGCAAGUUGCACCUCUUUUUAAACUUGCUGACAUCAAAACUGAUGUCACAGUAACUGAAUAUGAAGGACAUGCUCUCUCAGUACUUAAAGAAUGUGAACUCCAGGCAUUUGAUGGGGUAGUUUGUGUCGGUGGAGAUGGAUCUGUCAGUGAAGUUGCUCAUGGUCUACUACUUAAAGCCCAGAUAGAUGCUGGAAAAGACACAGACUAUAUACCAACGCCUGUCAGAGCACCGGUUCCUCUUGGAGUAAUACCAGCAGGUACUACUAAUAUUUUGGCCCACACUCUCUAUGGUAUUAAGCAUGCAGUGACUGCAACGUUGCACAUUGUGAUGGGACAUAUUCAACCAGUAGAUGUCUGUACUUUCAGUACUCCAAGCAAGCUUUUGCGGUUUGGGUUCUCAGCUAUGUUUGGUUUUGGUGCAAGGACUCUAGAUUUGGCUGAAAAGCACCGUUGGAUGCCCUCCAGUCAGCGGAAGGAUUUUGCUUUUAUCAAAACACUGGCAGAUCUCAAGCCAGAGGAAUGUGAAUUAUCAUUUCUACCACUACAAAUUCCACAGGAAGACUCUCAUGAGAAUGACAGAAAGAAGAAAGAGGAAAUUAAAAAAAAAGGUAGCAAGGAUCAAUGGCACAAAAUUCAGGGUCACUUCCUGAAUGUGAGCAUUAUGGCAAUCCCUUGUCUGUGUUCAAUGGCACCAAGAGGCUUGGCACCUAAUACGAGGUUGAAUAAUGGAAGCAUGGCUCUUAUUGUUGUACAAAAUACUUCUCGAACAGAAUUUAUAAAACAUCUGAAAAGAUACACCAGCGUAAAAAAUCAGUUCAAUUUUCCCUUUGUUGAGACCUACACAGUUCAAGAAGUAAAAGUACAACCAAGGCUUAAAAAUGGGCUUGAUGCCAAGGAAAAUACAGGUUUGAAUGCUGCUUCUGCAGAAGGAAAUUACCCUUGGAAUAUAGACGGAGACUUAAUGAAAGAAGCAUCAGAAGUUCAUGUUCGGGUGCAUCCUCAACUUAUUAAUCUCUAUGGAGUGAACACUGAUGACCUGGAGAAUUCCCAAGCAACAUGCAAUUGCAUAUAGAAGGGACACACUGCAAGUUCUGUAUUAAAGAAUCCUUUUCCUCACCUCUGUGCACAGCUUUGCAGGGUCCUAGUCUUUCACUCACUGAAUUCAGUUGU